AUGACCCCGGAAGUACGCCAAGCACGUGCGCGUGUUGUGUUCGCGCGCGUCUCGCCCAUCGCCAUGGUUUACGCCGUCCUCAUUCACACCGUGAGCUCCGCGGGCCCCUGCCGCGUCCUCUACUCGCAGGUGUUCGCCGCUGAGAAGCUCCAGGACGACGGCUGCGAGGGCGAGCGGCUGCGUCUUCUCCGCAAGGAACGGAUGGCGGCGGUGGCGAGGCAGGUGCAGGCGGCGUUCCAGCCCUGCAGCGCCAGCGCCUCGGCACAGUCGACGGCGGCGGCGGCGUUCCCGGGCGUCGAGCCAACCGCCGCGCAGGAGGCGGCGUUGUCGGCGUCGCUCGAAGUCGGCGCCCUGCGCUUGCCGGCGGGCGACCCCUGCGACUCGGAGCUCACGGCGCUGUGGCUGCCGUUGCCCGGCGACGGCGGCGGUGGCGGCGCCGGCCCCGCGGCGGCGCCGCCAGCGGCGGCCGCGUCGGCGCUCGCCCUGACGCUGCUGUGCGAGGAGCACGACAACAUGACGCUGGCCGAGUCGACGCUGCGCCACGUGCGCCGCGCCCUGCUUGAGCGCCUGCUGCCCCCCGUGGCGCCGGCGGCGGCGCUGGGCUGCGAGGCGCUGCUGCAGGCGGACCGCGUGGACGCGGUGCUGGCCGCGCUGCUGCCCUUCGGACAGCUGCUCUUCCUCAAUCACCAGUUUGUGCAGAGCGUCGAGAGGGAGCUGAGCGCCUACGUGAACGUCAAGUGACGCGGGCGGUGGUGGCCCUGACACUGAUGUCUUAUCGGCGAAAGCGCCCCCCCCCCCCCCCCUUUAAAAAUGAGUGAAGGACACUGAGUUUCGUCGCUUGUUCACCCGCCCGUUUGGCGAUUUGGCGAAUCGCGACGAUGCAUUUUGCCCGCUGACCGUUUUGCCGGAUUGAGCGCUGCGUUGUUCACUUUUAGGGCGCAGGUUUUCGCGGUCAUGCUGUCCAGACCCCACCGUCCGGCGCGCGUCCGGGUUGUUGCCGCUUGUUGUCGGGACCGUAGCACCGACCGAGUGAGAACGUGAGCGUGCGAUUCCAGUUCCUGAAGAAGUUGCCGGAACGAUUUAUCGUUGCCUGUCUUACUCGGGAGUGUCGGAGCCAUGUCGCGUCGAAAGGUUGUCGGGUCGCUCUAUCAGUGAAGCUGUUGACGCAUUGUUUCCCCCCACCCCCCGUGAUUGAGUGUGACAACGAAAAGACAUUUUUUCCGUAAUUGCCGUGAAAAUUAAAUGUUUACUUUUUUUUUUGUUGCUGAGCGAUCCGUAUGUAUGAUAUUUCUCGUGGAUUUGCGUUGAUUGCAGGGUGUGCGUUUGCGGUGGAUAUUUGCCCCAUUAAUCACUUACGGCGCCCUCAGUGUUGGCACGGCUGGCGGCUUCGCUAAUGUCAGGGUUGUUUUAUUCCGAAAUGGGAAGGGUUGCACACCCUCAUUAAUUGUGACCACUUGUGAAAAAUACCUUUUGAUUGAAGUAUCAUCGACUGGUAACUGUUGAGUAACGAGCUGAAGAAGAUCCCAUUUGUAGCUCUGCUGCUAGAAGUGCAUCGCUCCGUGUCAGUGGAUGACCGUGGAAGGUGACGUCACAGACUUUACUUUUGCAGUCACUUCAGAAAGGUCUCCAUAUAUCUCUGAAUUUACACAUAUACGCCAGGGGCACACAUUUUUAUAUAACCUGAAAAAAGUGUUUCUCCCAUGUCAAUCAAGUCAAUGCAAUGCCCAAUAGCUGGAUUUUUUCCAAAAUAAGUAACAAAUCAAAUUUAAUAACGAUGGGUUGUUUGUGUCAAGCCGUUGGUACCAGGGGCUGAGAAGCAUCAACUCGCUACACUUGAGGAGGGGACCCGGUUUAAUCACAAGGCAGCGGCCGACUCCUAGAGACGAAUCCGGGUUCUCGGCAAUACCGGCUCAAGUGCCCUGACCCCUGAGUCACCCGGCCACUUCAAUUUGAGCUCCGUUCAACACAGUCUGCAGUUCGUAAGUAAACCUGCGAAGGAUGCACACGCGAUAAUGUGUUCGUAUUUACAUGUGCGAAUAAGGGGGGGGGGGGGGGGCGUGUCGUGUUCGCAUGAAUUGCACGGGUAACUCGUUAUCCAAGGUUCUAAAAAAAUAUAUAUUUUUUUACACUCGAGACACAUGUACGUAUGUUGAACCUAUUCCGCACCGUACGUAGCCAUCCAUGCAAUCGAGAGGUGCGGCGGGCGGGCGGGCUGGGGGACAAGAUGACGAAACGCGAUAUGCCGAGCCGAUCAUUGGGUGACGGCAACGCAAACAUUGAAAACUAAUCCCGCCGCUGACAUUUUAGUGGUGGUGGUGGGGGGGGGGCGGCGUUUUACAGUCGGCCGCGGUUCACGAGCGUUCCGACGGCACAUCACAGGCGACGGCCGCUGCCGCCGAUGGUUCCUCUGCUCCCUCCGCGUAAUAUAUAUUUUUUAUGGCCGAGGUGGAACGAUUGGAGCGAUGAAACUCGGCGUGGGUGGGGGAGCGGGGGAGUUGGUGUCGCGCGACGUGGUGGCUCUCGCUCGUGCGGCCCCCCAGGCCGACAGAGGAGCCGAAGUGGUCCAUCGGUUCGGGGAGGUUCAUGAUGGGCGUAUUGGAGCAUUGAUCCAGCCCCCUACUGGGUUGGGUUGGAGUCCGGGUAUCGAACACACGUGGUCAAACCGGGUUCUCGGGUACAGCGAGUUGAUGCUAACAGCCCAGGUCACCAAUGACUGCACCCAAUAAACACCCUAUUAAAUAUUCUUAGUCACUUAAUGCGGCAUGUUCCAGCUACGAGAAUGAAGCAAUCGCAAGUUGGAAUGUCACGCGACAAACACACAGUGCUGCAGGGUAUGCUAAAUGUGUGAGCUUAUUGUGGCAAGCGAGGAAUUCACUCGAGGUGUUGUUCUUUGAUAUCUCCGGAGGCAAUUCUCCAACACAAGGCGAUGAUUGCACUGCUAGCUGCGAAGAGUCUCUUGAGCGUAAUGCCGAGAGCACCGCUGGGAGCCCUGUUCACUCCCGAGUCGGCCGUAACCUUCCUUUAGAAUCACUGUGCCGCACUUGGGACAAAUGUCAGGUGCAGUUCAAUAGCUGCCCCUCGUCACCCUGUGUGUUUGUGGUUACGCUAUUGCAGUGCACAAUUGAGCGGGCGGAAAUGUGGUUGAAAAGCUGUGCGCGGAUGAGUGCGAUGUCAGUGACUCAUGGCCAUCCGAUCAUUAGAUUGCGUUUCGGUUCGCUGCUCAGAAUGGACAAGUGUAGGCAAUGAGGUCAUCACGGCCAGUGCCGGUUGCUAUCGCAGCUCGCCAUCGCUUCCUUCUGCGAGAUUCCCUUUGCCGUUGCAAAGUUUGACACCUUGACCUUCUGGGUCUGAUAAUUGUUUUUUUUACCCUUCUUUCUGGCAACAAAACUGACACCUUUUUUUACAUGGAGUCAUGUUUGCAUAGACCACAAUACCUGCAGCCAUAAUGCAAACAAAAAACAUAACUCUGAUAAUAUAUGCACUGUCCUUGCAGUUGAUUGGUCCACACCCGUGACAGCUUUCCUUAGAGCCGAGUCUUCUGUGUCUGCUCUUCCGGUCUCAUCGUCUUCCCCUUGUUCACCGACCGCUGGGUGCCACUCUCAACUGCUCCCUCUAUCCUACACACGCGUCCCAGCAAUCGCAACCUCCUAAUUUAUUGUGCCGAACAAUGUUUUCUCACCCGUGCCCUAUUCCCAUUGGCCUUGUUGCGUACACUAUUCUCUUGCUACGCACGUGCCUUGUCCAUCACAAACUCCUCUUCCUCAUUACAUCGACAUAGCUUGCUUGCCACGUUCUAUUGCUUGUCACAUUGCGUGCCACCUAUUGUAUGCCAACUUCUGUUGCUUGCCACGUUCUACCACGAGCCUCUCGAGUGGCUCUUCUCCACCCUGUCCUUGGUGGCUGUUUCAUUUCGCUGCCGUGUGAAGAAGGAAGCUGUAUGGAAUAAAAACAAACAAACGAG